AUGAAUAAGAACGUAGUUGAUGAGGGUGAAGCUCCCAACGCCCAACCGGAAGCUCAAGAUCACACAUUUAAUGAGGCCCCAAAGCAACGACGGUCCAAGAAGUUCACGUUGUCAACUUAUACAAUUUAUGAGACGCACGAUAGGAUGUACGUUGUGGGCAGUAAUAAGCGCGAGACAAUGUUCAGAAUCUUAGAAAUAGAUUUAUCCGUACCACAAGGCGAUUUGAGUGUUUUGGAAGAUAAUGUUUUCUUUACAAGAAAUGAGAUCAUGAACGUUUUGUCGGGUCUCGAGGAAGCAAACGAUGAGGGUCUGCAAAAAAGACUGACAGGCUGUGGAUUGCUUGGGUUUAUAAAGUUCACAACGUGUUAUUACCUUAUUGUAAUAACGAAAACGAGCUCUGUUGCUAUUUUAGGCGGCCAUGCGGUUUAUCACAUUGACGAGACUGAGCUGGUUCCAAUCUCAAACACCUACAAGACCCCUGAAAAGAAUUCAGUAGAGGCCCGUUUACUGGCAACAUUCCUGAGCUUGGACCUCAGCAAGACCUUUUAUUUCAGUUAUACUUAUGACAUAACGAACACUCUUCAAACGAAUUUGUUGAGAGAGAAGCUGCGGGCAGUGGACAGAACUGAUCUCAAUAUGUCACUUGGCGCAACUGAUUACAAUGAUAUGUUUAUGUGGAACAGCCACUUGCUUCAGCCAUUAUUCUGCUGUAUCAACACCGUUUAUGACUGGUUUCAGGCCAUCAUUCACGGCUUCAUCGACCAAGUCAACGUCCCGAUAUGGGGCAAAAGCAUCUACGUGACUUUAAUAGCAAGGAGAUCACAUCAUUUUGCUGGAGCACGGUAUCUCAAGAGAGGCGUCAAUAACCAGGGCUACGUUGCUAAUGAAGUCGAAACGGAACAAAUUGUGAGUGAUAUGAUUCUGACUCCCUUUCACAAUCCGGACAACGGGUUUUUCGACAACGAUAGGUACACUUCUUUCGUACAGCACAGAGGAUCUAUACCCCUUUUUUGGUCUCAAGAAGCGUCCAAUUUGACUGCAAAACCUCCCAUACAGAUAAACGUUGCCGAUCCCUUUUUCAGCCCUGCCGCACUUCAUUUUGACAGGUUAUUUCAAAGAUAUGGAGGAGGUCCAAUUCAAGUUCUGAACUUGAUCAAAGGUAAAGAGAAAAACCCCCGCGAGACCAAGUUGCUGAUUGAAUUCGAACAAUGCAUUAAUUACCUGAAUGAGUUUCUUCCGGAUGAUAAAAAGCUGCAGUAUACUGCCUGGGAUAUGAGCCGGGCCUCAAAGUUACAUGGCCAAGUGGUCAUAGAGUUUCUUGAGAAAUACGCUGUUAAUACUGUCGAGACGACUGGAAUCUUUCAUAACGGUAAGGAUUUCGCUUCAACCAAAAUACAGGAAGGAAUUUGCAGGACAAAUUGCAUUGAUUGCCUUGAUCGCACGAAUGCGGCGCAGUUUGUCAUUGGAAAGCGCGCGCUGGGUGUUCAGCUUUUAAGGCUAGGUCUGGUAGAUAGCGCUUUUUUGGAGUACGACUCAGACAUUGUUGACAUUUUGACUGAGUUAUUUCAUGACCAUGGCGACACGAUUGCAUUGCAGUAUGGUGGCUCUCAUUUAGUCAAUACUGUCGAAACCUAUAGAAAAGUUAACCAAUGGAGUUCACAUUCACGAGAUAUGAUUGAGAGCAUCAAAAGAUUCUACAGUAAUUCGUUCAUCGACGCUCAACGACAAGAUGCUAUUAACCUUUUCCUUGGACACUAUGUUUGGAAGGAAGGUCAUCCGAAGUUAUGGGAGAUGAAUACAGAUUUCUAUCUUCAUAAUGUAUUUGAGCAGAGUUUUAGAAAGAGAAGUUAUACAAGAUGGUGGAAUGUGUAUCACAUCAAAAGUCUCCGCAAGACUAUAGCAGAAGAGAUUUUGCUCAAAGACAAUGAUAUCACCAAAGUAAAACUUUUGGAAAAUAUACGUGGAUAUCCCGGAGCCUUCGACAAUUAUUGGAAUGAAUAUUACGAGCCCAGGGGCCUAUCAUUUUUUCGAGACUUGUUUGCGUUUAAAAUGAAUUCGACCAGGAGGUAUCAUAGCGUGGCCAAAAAAUCCGGUUGGUUUUCGCCGUUUGUAUCCCGUAAACAAACGACGCUCAACUCUAAGCUUCGGGCCGCUGUCGCAGAAGUGAAGAGAGAGUCUAUUACCGUUCAAGGCUCAGUUGCGACAGAAUUUUGCAAUGCUGACGAAUAUGAACUUUUAGAUUUGGCGUUGCAAAGACAAUACGCUGAGUUCGAUUCUGUGAGUGAAGAGCUCGAUAGUUUCGAUCACACACUCUCCUUGCUAAAUUACAUGCCUUUCGAUCAAGACGCAGAUUCUUUGAUGACUUCUAAGACAAGUUCCCCUCUCUCCUCGGCAGAGCUUGCAGUCGACCAUUCGGCUUGGCUUGCCCAUGAUAUAAUAGAGGACAAAAAACUUUAUGGAAAGAUAGUUGAUAUAUCAAGCUACAGUCCUGUGGAUGAUUAUAGACCGUUUAGGCGCGCUGAAAACUAUGCUGUAGAUCCUGACGAUGCCAAGCUAUAUGAAUUUGUCCUUUCCAGCUCCUAG